CUUUGUGCGGGUCUUUACGACACUGUCGUGUUCGGUCGGCUCCGGCCGUAAAGGAGGCACGAGUCGCCCAGGCCAAGGCCGCGGACCGAGUUGCCAUGGCGGACAUGGAAGAUCUCUUCGGAAGCGAAGCCGAGAGCGAGGCGGAGCGCAAAGAUUCUGAUUCUGGGUCUGAUUCCGACUCCGAUCAGGAGAAUGGUGUUUCUGGCAGUAACGCCUCUGGCAGCGAAAGUGACCAAGAUGAAAGAGGGGAUUCUGGACAGCCCAGCAACAAGGAACUGUUCGGAGAUGACAGCGAGGAGGAGGGAGCCUCCCAUCACAGUGGCAGUGACAAUCACUCGGAACAGUCAGAUAACAGGUCAGAGGCUUCUGAGCGAUCUGACCAUGAGGAUAAUGAGCCCUCUGAUGUAGAUCAGCACAGUGGAUCUGAAGCCCACAACGAUGAGGAUGAUGAGGGUCACAGAUCAGAUGAGGGGAGCCAUCGUUCAGAAGCAGAAGGUUCUGAAAAAGCACAGUCAGAUGAUGAAAAGUGGGACGGAGAAGAUAAGAGCGACCAGUCAGACGAUGAAAAGAUGCAGAACUCUGAGGACGAUGAGGAGGAGCGGGAGCAAGGGUCCGAUGAAGACAAGCUACAGAACUCCGACGACGAUGAGGACGACGAGGAGAAGAUGCAGAACUCGGAGGAUGAGGACCGGGCCCAGCUUUCAGAUGAUGACAGACAACAGCUGUCUGAGGAGGAAAAGGGGAAUUCUGAUGACGAGCAUCCUGCAGCUUCUGAUAAUGACGAGGAGAAGCAGAAUUCGGACGAUGAGGACCGGCCACAGGUGUCAGAUGAGGAGAAAAUGCAGAACUCUGAUGACGAACGGCCACAAGUCUCAGAUGAAGAUCGAAGGCAUUCCGAUGAUGAUGAGGAGCAGGACCAGAAGUCAGAGUCGGCGAGGGGCAGUGACAGCGAAGAUGAGGUUUUACGAAUGAAGCGCAAGAACGCCAUUCCAUCCGACUCCGAAGCCGACAGUGACACUGAGGUGCCCAAAGAUAAUAAUGGAACCAUGGACCUGUUCGGAGGUGCAGAUGACAUAUCUUCAGGGAGUGAUGGGGAAGAUAAGCCCCCUACUCCAGGACAGCCUGUGGAUGAAAACGGCCUGCCUCAGGAUCAGCAGGAGGAGGAGCCAAUACCUGAGACCAGAAUAGAAGUAGAAAUCCCCAAAGUAAACACUGACUUAGGAAAUGACUUAUAUUUUGUUAAACUGCCCAAUUUCCUCAGUGUAGAGCCCAGGCCUUUUGAUCCUCAGUAUUAUGAAGAUGAAUUUGAAGAUGAAGAGAUGCUGGAUGAAGAAGGGAGAACCAGGUUGAAACUGAAGGUAGAAAACACAAUAAGAUGGAGGGUGCGCCGAGAUGAGGAGGGAAAUGAAGUUAAAGAGAGCAACGCUCGGAUAGUCAAGUGGUCAGAUGGAAGCAUGUCCCUGCAUUUAGGGAAUGAAGUGUUCGAUGUGUACAAAGCCCCACUGCAGGGUGACCACAACCAUCUUUUUAUAAGACAAGGGACUGGGCUGCAGGGACAGGCCGUCUUUAAAACGAAGCUCACCUUCAGGCCUCACUCCACAGACAGUGCCACACACAGGAAGAUGACCCUGUCACUUGCAGAUAGGUGUUCAAAGACACAGAAGAUCAGAAUCUUACCAAUGGCUGGUCGUGACCCUGAGUGCCAGCGCACAGAGAUGAUUAAGAAAGAAGAGGAGCGCCUGAGGGCCUCCAUCAGGAGGGAGUCCCAGCAGCGCCGGAUGAGAGAGAAACAGCACCAGCGGGGGCUGAGCGCCAGCUACCUGGAGCCUGACCGAUACGACGAGGAGGAAGAAGGCGAGGAGUCCAUCAGCCUGGCAGCCAUUAAAAACAGAUACAAAGGGGGCAUUCGGGAGGAACGCGCUAGAAUCUACUCCUCAGACAGCGAUGAGGGCUCGGAGGAGGACAAGGCGCAGAGAUUACUCAAGGCAAAGAAACUCAACAGUGAUGAGGAAGGUGAAUCUUCUGGAAAGAGGAAAGCCGAAGAUGAUGAUAAAGCCAAUAAAAAGCAUAAGAAGUAUGUGAUCAGUGACGAAGAGGAGGAAGAUGACUGAAGUACAAACUGUGACUGCAUUUUAUAUAUUUAUUGUACAGCUUGUCUAUAAAUAUGAUGUAAACAUGAGUUAUUUUCAUUGAGAUUAAUUGAUUUGUGUUUGUGAAAAUUUAAUUGUAAUAAAACAUUUUAAAGCAA